ACACUCCCAAUCAACCGAAAAUAUUGCAAACUGGAUAGCUGUUCGACUCCCUCACCAUUAGCCUUUCCUAAAACCGCCCACACAUAAUAAGAACGGCUUAUUGUAGGCCGCAUUCUAAAAAAUGUUGUGGUCAAGAACGAAAUAUUUUCACAGUUUUGGUAUGAAAUUGGAACUAGAACCAUUAAAUUGGUAAGAGAGAAUGAAAACUAUUCAAAACCGCUUGUUGUAGGGCAAUAAAGCGUUAACCACUUCCGCACAAAAAACAAAUGAGCUUUUGCCCUUACAAAUAAACUAAAAAAAAUCACAUUCUUCAUGGUCAAGCGGAAAUGAUUGAAGUAUACUUGUCAGUUUGAAUUAGGUGAAAUUCGCAAUACACACAUGUCAAAUUUGUAAACAUUAUAUACAUUUGUAUAUAUGUAUUUGUGCACACCUGUGAAUAUCACCACAUUACAUUAAAGCUCACAUUUCACAUUUCGCCGCUCAAUGCUAUGGUGGCAUGUCUCAAACUGCAUUGAAGUAAUUAUUCUCUUAUAUAAAUUUCAUUAACUGUUUGAAGCAUUUACAUUCUUUAACAGGUCAAAAAAAUUACUAGCAAAUCAGUAGCAACCAAUGUUUUAAAAAGGCGCAAUAAUAACAACAACAGCAAUUCUAUAUAUGGCAUAGACUCCAAUUAUACACGUACGUUUAUGUAUUUCUAUAAAAGUAUAAGGAGAAAAAAUAAUAAAAUGCUUUACAACAACACCAGCAGGAGGAUGAACCUUGUAGGACAUGUUAGGCACAUUCGUUAUUUUUAUUCGUUCUUCGAAAAAAAUUGAAAAUGUGGUCAAAAUACAAAAUUGACACACAGCCAUGUAAUAAGGACAUUUGCCUACAAUUAACAAAGUUAAUACGCAUUCAGAAAUGUGAGGGAAUCGAAAGCAAAUAACUAAGCAAAUACGUUUGUUUUUAAGUUUUACUCAGGUUCGGUUCGCGGUUUUGACUAUGAUAACAAUGAGGGCACGUCCUGUUUUACCCAAAAAAAUACGCAAUAUUACUUAAGGAAAAGACGUUAGUUUUCAUGCAAUUCUGUUAACUUUAAUUACUAAUUGGUUUAAUAUUUUUUUGUAAAUCCAUGGUUGUUUAAAACUGAUCAAAGCCACUGAGCCAUAGAAUCAACCACAUAAGUUUUGACAGAGCAAACCGGAACUGUGUUCCAUGAAUUCUGAAUAAGUUGCCAACGCACUGUAAUAUAAAUUUUUUAAGUAUUGGUUGUCUUCCAGUGCCCUGUAUCUUAUGAAGCGGUUCCAGAGCGUUGUAUGAAAACGAUGCCCAAACCGUUAUGUUUUCGCCUGCAUGUUGAACGUUUCAUACUUGAUGAAAACCUCCAUUAGAGUUGAAAAAAAAUGUAUUUCAUUUCGUCACACCAGAGAGCGCUACGCCAUUUCUCUUUAAGCUGGAUUACAUGUUUUUAGAAAACUUUAGCUUUCGCUACGUGUACUUUUUUGACAACUUUUCUUGAGCUUCGGCUCUUGAUAUUUUCCUAUGUAGCACAUUGGGGAUAGUAGAAGGGUAAACUUUAAUUCAAAUCAGCUUUAAUUCGUUUUGAAGAAAUAAUAAAAUGUUGUUUUGGGCUUCCUGCCUCAUAUUUAAAUCUGGGAAAUCCUUUUUACUGCUUCUUCAAUCAUUUUUUGGAAACUUGAAGUAAAUUUGCUACUUCUCUGAAUGAACUUCCUUGUUUGACUCAAUUUUCAAUAUGCUCUCAAGUUUUUGGGUGCGCAGUGCUUACCCUUUCCCAUUUCAAUUUAAUAAAGAGCAAUAACAGAAAUUAUCUCUAAAAAUAUACAAAUAUUUUUGUUAUUGUUUUAAAACGACAUGGUGUCUUUAUUAAAUUACACAACCGUAUUCUGACUUUCUUGAACGCAGAAUGACGUUUUACGAAAUCCAUCAUAAUUUCUUUUUACCUCGGUGGGAGUCUACGAGAAUAUUUUGGUUCAAGUUCGGCCUUAAUAAAGCUUCAAAAUAUAAAAGCGUCGGAAAAACUGGAAAAUAAGUGCGAUUACAACUAUUACUUGAAUCGCAUUCUUCAAAUUUUUGUAUUAGUUUGUGUUGUUGUUGUUCUUCUUCUUGGCGCUUUCGUAAUCCAAUCUUAUGCGCUUAAGUAAAAGUCCGUCAAGCAGUGUGAUUCGAUUCGCGCAGUUAAAUACGCACAGUGGCUAAAGUGGGAUCUUCCGUCCGCACGGCUAACCAACACACAUGCACACACACUUACGCGCUAGACGUGUGCGUACAUAGCAUGAUAGCCCAUUGCUGUUAACCAAGUUAGGCGACGCGUCGCGCAAGUGCUCGCGUGAUUGAAAUAUUCAAACGAAAAAUAAAAACAACGUUUUAUAAAGACAAAAACCAAAGCAAAAAAGAGAAAACUCAUUAUGAAAUCAAUGCACAUAGUUUUUUAUUUUCAAUCUUUUCCUUUUAAUUCGAUUCGCCUGCUGCGCUCCCCAUAGUUUGCGAAGUGACUUCAUAUCGCCUAACUCUGUCUCUCUACUGCUUAUACUCUCGUGUAGAGCCGUAUGUAAAUAAGUCAGUGGUCAAGCGAUGGCUCAAACUGAAACAGUGAAUUUAAAACUGUUGAAGGAGCAGUGUAUGUGCAUUGCUGAGGGGAGCUGCAGCAAUUAUCACCAAUAAUAAUUUUCAACGUUCACCACUUGAGCAUUGAGAAUAACACAGACAACGACGUUUAAUUAUUUAGCAGCAAUAUUCAAUAUUUAGUUAAGAAAAUAGUCAACACAUGAUAAGUAACAGCAAGCCUUUUGGUGCAAUAAAUUUUAAUCAUUAAAAGCGUGCUCAAAAGACAGAGAAAAGCUUGUCUCAAAUAUACAAAAGUAAAUCAGCAGGUGCACUAAAUACUGAACGCCUGUGAGUCGCAGACACAUCCAGAAUUGGAAUGCGUAUUCGCCAGGUCUUUAUAUAAUCCGCCAUUCAAUACGCCAAAUUCAACGAUCCAAAGAUGUCCAAAAUCAGACUGAAAGCAAUAUUUGGCAGGCCGCCAAAUUUGUGCUGGUUGCUGUUCGUGAUCACUAUCUUUGCCUCUCCGCUUUAUUUGUCAAUGGCCAAAAGCUUAAUUGACAGCCAAGCAGUGCAGGUGAAACGAAACGCUGAGGUGGUCAAUGUCACCCUUAGCCCUAGCGUUACACACACCGAAAGUAUAGUUUCGUCAAACAAAGAUGUACGUCUAAUGUGUUUACUUAAGGGCGCCAUUAAGUGGUACAGAGAUGAUGAAUUCGUCAGCGGUAAUCGUUUGCUGGUGUUGAAGGAGGUACAGAAGAAAGAUGCCGGUUUAUAUAGUUGUCAGGCGGAACAAGUGUCGCUUGGCCCUAAAUACGUUAGUGUCGCAUUGAGUGUCAGUGAGCAGGAGUCAUCAACGUCUACUAAUCUAAUGGAGGAAGAUAUAGCUGACUUUAGCAAAGUGGAAGAUGAAAUGGAGGCGCGUUUAAGGUUAGAUCGAAAUGAGUCCGAUUCCGCAGAAGAAAUUGCUGAAGAGGAAUUACAGUCGAAAGACACGAAAAAUGUCAACUCCACCGCUUUGAAAAUUAUACAUCUUCCGAGUCCGGGUCCGCCUCAGUUUCAACAAAGUGAUAAACUUCUGGAUGUUAUACAACAACCAAUUGGAAGUUUCGUGCAACUGAGCUGUCCCGCUUUAGGCAAUCCAUUGCCGGUCAUAACUUGGUUUCAUGAUGCCACAAGAAUGAAUCUCACGCCAUUGCGUUUUAGAUUAAAAAAGUGGUCACUUUUUAUUGAUCACCUAACCACAGCCGACUCCGGCAUAUAUACCUGUAAAAUCAAUAAUAAAUUCGGUUCUAUUGAGCAUAAUAUACGGUUGCAGAUUUUGAGACCACAACUGCGAGCAGCCAGUCCAAUCAUAAAAAAUAAUAAGCCAAGCAAUCAAACGGUUGUGGUUACUGGUAGCGCACAGUUCGAGUGUCAAGUUGAGUCUCCAACCACUGUGCAGAUCCGUUGGAUCAAACACCAGAAACGGCUUAGCACGGAAGAGCUUAUUGCAAACUUUACAAAUAAUCCGAAUGUAAUUGAGUUGUUAAGCAAUGAGGAUAAUCCGAACGUUUUAAAUAUAUUUCAAGCAAAGAUGGAGGAUGAAGGGUUCUACACCUGCAUGGCUACGAAUGAAGCUGGGAACGCCAUGGCCACAGCUUAUUUAGAAGUCUUAGAUCAGAAAAGCCCUACCGUGACACUUAAAACCAAACUAGCAUUUUCAGAUAAGCAUGCAGCCCAUUCUAUGGAGGACUCAGGGAACGCAGUACCGAAGAAAGAAAAUGAAAAACUUGUAACGAUGAUUGAUUCUUUGGUCAACAAUAGAGAUGCCAAUGAUACUAACGAUGAUCCAGAGGCAGUUGAGGAAAGUCCGCCACGUUUCAAAAAAACCGACAAACUAUUGCCAGCUUUGCAUAAGCCAGCGGGAUCGACAAUACAACUGGUCUGUCCCGCAAUUGGUAAUCCAUUGCCUAACAUAACGUGGACACGAAGAGCAGCGAAUGCAAAUUUCACUGAAAUUAUGCGUCACAUUGGCAAAGUUACAUACAAAAAGUGGUCGAUGCAAAUGGACGAAGUCAUUGCCGAAGACUCAGGAGUCUAUAGAUGCACUGUUUGCAACAAUUUGGGCUGCAUAGAGCAUACGACAAAAUUGACUAUAAUGGAUCGUCUACGUUCUCGCCCCAUCCACAGUGAUAAGUUUCCACAAAAUCAAACUGUUCUAACCAAUAGUAGCACACAUUUUGAAUGCCGCAUUGUAUCGGAUCUGGAACCACAUAUAUAUUGGAUAAAGUAUAAACAUAAUAACGAAAGAAUUGAAAAUUUAGAACGUAUUUUCAAUGAAGCCAAUACCAAUACAAACGUUCAUCAGCCGUCUUCAGAGGAUUUCAUCAAGCUCAAAGGUGAUCCCGAUCGACCGAACAUUCUGCGGUUGACAAAUGUUACACACGCGGACGAAGGCUGGUACACAUGUGUGGCUGGCAAUGCUUUGGGUAAUGCCUUGAAAAGUGGGUAUUUGCAUGUUGUCGACAAAUUACCCAGUCGUGAAGUGUACAUGAUGUGGCGUGCGCAUCCCGCUUGGACGACAGUAGCCGCCAUAGUGAUUGUGUUGCUUUUCCUUUUUGGCUCCGUCUUUAUAAUUUAUGUUUUACGUAAAUUGAAACAUGAGAAGUUGCUAAAGCAUCGUAUCGAAACUGUUCAUCAAUGGACAAAAAAAGUUAUUAUAUAUAAACCAUCUUCUUCAGAAGGCAGCUCCAGCGAUCUACAAAUGCCGGUAAUUAAAAUUGAAAAACAACGUACCACUUUUCAAGCAUCGAAUUUAGAUCCCUCACAAGCAUUCAAUGAGUAUGAAUUUCCGCUCGACUCUAACUGGGAAAUACCACGUACACAACUAAAUCUAGGCUCGACCCUGGGCGAGGGCGCCUUCGGACGUGUAGUAAUGGCAGAAGCGUGCAACUUGCCACGCACCGCCAACAAUUCGGCGAGCAUAGUUGCCGUGAAAAUGGUAAAAGAUGAGCACACCGAUGCCGAUAUGGCGAGCUUGGUGAGGGAAAUGGAAGUAAUGAAAAUGAUCGGCAAGCAUAUAAACAUCAUUAAUUUGCUGGGGUGUUGUACACAAAAUGGUCCGCUAUGGGUCAUUGUGGAAUUCGCGCCUCAUGGAAAUUUAAAGGACUUUUUGAAGAAGAAUAGGCCAUUGUUUGUAGGCAGUCCGAGCUUACCACGCAGCAGCGAAGGCUUAGAAGACAUGCCGCAGCUUACAGAGAAAAAUUUGGUAUCGUUUGCAUUUCAAAUUGCACGUGGCAUGGAAUAUCUCGCUUCGCGUAGGUGCAUUCACCGUGAUUUGGCGGCUCGUAAUGUGCUUGUGAGUGAUGACUAUGUCAUGAAGAUAGCCGAUUUCGGUCUGGCUCGUGACAUACAAGACACAGAAUACUACAGAAAGAAUACAAAUGGCCGUUUACCCAUCAAGUGGAUGGCACCAGAGUCACUACAAGACAAGUUUUACGAUUCGCAGUCGGACGUGUGGUCUUUCGGUGUACUAUUGUGGGAGAUUAUGACAUUUGGUGAUCAGCCUUAUCCCAGUAUAAUGUCUGCAGAGGAGCUCUACAGCUAUCUAAUUACUGGUCAGCGCAUGGAGAAACCAGCACGUUGUUCACUGAAUAUAUAUAUGCUUAUGCGACAGUGCUGGCAUUUUGACGCCAACGUACGGCCGACAUUUGGCGAGAUUGUAGAGAAUUUAGACAAAAUACUCCAGUUGGCAUCAAAUCAUGCCACUAAUGAGGAGUACUUGGAUCUAUCAAUGCCCAUCUUGGAGACGCCACCAUCGUCGAGCGACGAUGAAUCCGAACCGGAGACUUUUCAAGAAACGUCCCUUUUACGCUAUCAGUACACCUACAAGUGUAAUUAAUUACAAUUUAGUAAUUUAAGUAUAUGUAUGAUAGGAACCAUAUUUGUAGUUGUUUAUUUGCAUGCACGCAUUUUACGUAACCGGUAAUUAAUUGUGUAAUUUUUAAGCUUAUUUUUUACAUUUUCUACAAAAAUACUGUUUUUGUUUGUACAACGAAAUAUUCAAAAACACAAUUUACCAAAAAACAUGGAUAAUUUGCUAUCUAUUAAAUUAUUGAAGAGAUUUAUAUUUAAGUUGCGCCGUAAGCGGCUUUACGAAUUAUGAGCAUAUUGUUUUAUUGUGAGAUUAUAGAUAGUUAUGUAUUAAAGUGCCAUUUGAGUACUGUGUUUAAGCUUAAGUUCUUGUUAUAAUUAGUUUUAUGAAUGCCCAAUACAUCAAACUUACUUUAACAAA